CUCUCCUUAGGUUUCUCACUUUACAGACCCCCCCUCUCCCCUUCCAAAUCACCACUUUUGCCUCCCCCAAUCCGCAAUUGCACCAAAUAAUAUCUAACCAGACCCUAGAUCUGCCCACAGUCGCAGAAAUGGCCGGUCAAUCUGACUUAAACAUGUCUCUAUUUUCUCCUGAAGAGAUUGAAUUCAUGGCAGAAGAUGAACUAGUGGAGAUUGUUCCGAAUUUGAGGAUGGAUUCUCUCAAUUUUAUUUGUGGGGAUUAUGGUCCCUUUCAUCCACAAUUAGCAGCUCAAGUUCCGCUCUGGUUAGCGGUGGCUUUAAAGAAGAGAGGGAAAUGCACAAUCAGGCCGCCUCAGUGGAUGUCAACUGAAAGCCUGGCUCAGGUUUUGGAACUGGAAAGAGACUCUCACGCAUUUCAGCCAUUACCCUUUCAUUACUUGGAAAUCUCAAGACUUCUUUUCGAUCAUGCACGCGAGGAUAUUCCCGACAUGUACAUGGUGAGGUCACUUAUCGAGGAUAUCAGAGAUGUAAGAUUUCAUAAAGUAGAGACCAAUUUAGAAAAGUUCACAGCAUCUACAGUAACGUGGAAAAAUAUGUCUGCAAUGGAAGUCAAUAUAAUUCGUGCAUUUGCUGGGAGGGCUCUGCAGGCGUUUUAUAAGCAUGAUAACGAACAGCAAGCACCAGAUACAGAUAGAAUGCUAGAUAAACAGCCACAGAUACCUGCUGACAGGCCAAAACACAAUUUGAAGCCUCGAUAAGAAGUCAUUAUGUACUUGAAUUCCCUUCUGAUCUCAACCUGAAAAGAGUACAUUCCGCAGGUGACCGCAGAAGGUAUUUCAGCUUCUUUGACCUUUCUCAAAAAAAAAAAAAAAA